UGCAAGCCCGGCUUCGCCCUCCGGCCGGGGCCAUGAACGCCUCGGCGCUGGGGAACCAGACCGAGGCGGCGGGGCUCUUCUUGGCCAACAGCAGCCUGGCCCUGGAGCGGGCGCUGCGCUCCUUCACCCCGCGCUCGGUGGUGACCGACGACGGCUUCGUGGUGGCGGCCCCGGACGAGCGAAGCCUCUACAUCAUGCGGGUGGUGCAGAUCGCCGUCAUGUGCGUGCUCUCCCUCACCGUCGUCUUCGGCAUCUUCUUCCUGGGCUGCAACCUGCUCAUCAAGUCCGAGGGCAUGAUCAACUUCUUGGUCAAGGAGCGGCGGCCGUCCAAAGAGGUGGAGACGGUGGUGGUGGGACCUUACUGAGCGCCCCCCGCGCGGCUUGGUGAAGAAGUGGCCGCAGGUGCCUUUCUGGGGACUCUCCCUCCCGACCAUGGUAGGACGCCUUGGGGGGGGGGGGCAAGCCCUCCUGCCCCGCGACUCCGAGGGGACCCUGCCAGAAAGCCGACGACUUGUGGGGUUGGGGGGGGGGGUUGACUCCUGUUUCUUCUGCUUGUGGCCCGGAGGGCAGAAGAGAGCUCACCUCCUCUGGCAUGGGAAGCAAGGGAUGGGUCGACGGGGGGGAAGAGGGGGAGCGAUGAAGCCCGAAAGCCGCCUUAUUCUUUCUCUCUCUGUGUGUAUGUGUGUGUGUGUGUGUGUCCUGUAAAUAGCAAUGUAAAUGCACGCCAACGAAGGAGUCCCAACUUUGCUGUCUCGUUUAGCGGGGCAAAGAAAAGCAGUGAAAUGAGAGGUGGGGGGGGGGGGGGGGACGAAGCGAUCUUAACAAAAAUGCUGAUUGCAACGCCUCUGAACCUUCAAGAGGGGAACAGACAAAACCUGCCUUCCAUAAAUCAACAUUGCGGUGCUUUGGGGAAGGGGGGGGGAGCAGGGUUGGCAGCUUUUCACAUAAACACCCCUGCGGCUUGUGCAACUCUUCAUGGUGUUUUUUUUUUUACUUGUCUCCUUCGGACUGCUGCUCGCUCUUCUGUUUCAAAUGGUCCAGUUUAUAUUUUGCACCUGUCGCUUGAAGCUUGUCCUCUGCUCAAAGCCAGCGUGCUCGGUUGAUGCUGCUCCUCGGGCUUUACGAAUUGCAUUGGUUUACACGAGCCCAAAACACCGCAACAAAAGUGCUCUGACCUGUGACUGUCUUGUUUGGAUUUCUUUUCGUAUUCGAUUUGCUUUAAUAAAAUCUAUCUUAAACUU